CGCGGACUGUGGUCGGUGUUGGUGGUGGGCCCCGUUUCUUUGUGCACGGCCAGCCACGAACCACUCUGCGCCCAAGAACCACCUUUGGCGCCCGGCCGCUUGUGUGUAUUUGUGCAAUUUAAAUAUUAAUCCAACCUGGAACGCGCGGUGCCCCAUCGCCGAUCGAUCGCCGCGUUCGCGCGAAGUGCCAUCGUCGUCGUCGUCGUCGUCGAUCAAGGAAAAUGGAAUCGUCGGUAGACACCCCGAACCAAGCGCCGCCAGCGGGGGACGCCAAUGGAAACCGAACCAACUCGAGUUCUCCGGCCGACGAUCGCUCCGCCCGCCCGCCGUCCGGGAUCCCACAGACUGUCUGCUACUUCGACCUACCUCGUGACCGGUUUCCGCCUUCGCACAUGCGACCGAUCGGCAUCGGUGUGCAGGGUGCAGUAUGCAGUGUGACCGACAUGAAAACGGGACGCCGGUUGGCGGUGAAGAAACUUUCGCAACCAUUCCAGAACGAAACGGUCGCCAAGCGGGCGUACCGCGAGCUGAAGCUGAUGCGCCUGAUCAAUCACCCCAACAUCAUCAAGUUGCUGUACGCGUACACACCGCAGAAAACGCUGGACACGUUCCGGGACGUGUACAUCUUCACCGAGCUGAUGGACGACAGUUUGCGGAGCGUGAUCGGUAAGCAGCUCGAUCACGAGCGGAUAUCAUUUCUCGUGUACCAAAUGCUGUGCGGUAUCCGGUACCUGCACGCGGUCGGCAUCAUCCACCGGGACCUUAAGCCCUCGAACAUUGUCGUGUCGUGCAACUGCGAUCUGAAGAUACUGGACUUUGGGUUGGCGCGCAGCGUCGAGUCGACCUUCACGAUGACCCAGUACGUGGUGACGCGCCACUACCGGGCACCGGAGAUCAUCCUGCAGAUGGAGUACGACACGCGGGUGGACAUCUGGUCGAUAGGGUGCAUCGCCGCCGAACUGAUCAGCGGCCAGGUGCUGUUUCCCGGAACCGAUCACGUCGACCAGUGGAUGUGCAUCGUGCAGAAGCUCGGGACGCCACGGCCCGAGUUCAUCGAUCGGACCACGCCCGGCACGCAACGGUACAUCCGCAACCAGCCCCCGGUGCCGGCGCUCCCGUUCGAGGACAUCUUCCCGGACAGUGUGUUCGAUGGCACGGCGCCCAGCAGCCAUCCGCAGCUGACGAACGCAAUGGCACGCGAUUUCCUGCGCCAGAUGCUGGCCUUCGAUCCGCAGCAACGGCUGUCCGUCGACGACGCGCUCCACCAUCCGUACAUCAACGUGUGGCACUACGAGCCCGAUUUUCACCGGCCUCACCCGGUGAUCCCGUACGAUCAUUCCAUCGACGCGCAGCAUCUGACGGUGCGGCAGUGGAAAGAGUUGCUGUUCCGCGAGAUCGAAGACAUCCAAAGAAGCAUGACGCUGGACGAGGUAGGAGCUGCCGGAUCCUCCGAAACACUGUCGCCACCACCGCCAUCGUCGUCGUCCGUUCGCUGACCGGCCCGCCAUCCGCCGUGUGCCAUUCUGGGGAGGCACGGGAACGCCGCUUUCCUUUUGAGGCUGUUACUUGUAAAGAGAUUCUAAGUUAUCGUAGGCUUUAGGCGAUAGAUCGGAGCAUUUCAUGAACGAUCCUCUCUCUUCGCGGGAUGAACGUACCGAGAGGGAGGGAGCGU